CCCAUGGACGCGUUACCUCCCAGCUCUACUACGCAGCCUGCUGCAUCCGAGGUGCUUCGUGCUCCCGGACGGCGUUACUCGAAAAAAAAAGCUCCCGGACGGCGAAGGGAUGCAAGCCGAGGAAGACGCCGAGUUCGUGGGUGCGCGGGUGGAGGCCGGCCUCCGCGCCGCCCGCUUCUCCUCGCCGCCGUCGUCGGAGGAGUUCGCAGCCUCCAUCGAGCCCAAGAACGUCCCCGCCGUAUUCCACGACGUGCUUAAUGGGUCAGCCGCCUCCUCUCGGUGGGAUCCUCUCCAUGGUGGCCUCGACUACUUGCUGGAGAAGGUGGGACCUGAUGUUGCUGUGGAAGCCAUGAUGUCGAGCACUGGGCACGUGUUCUACGGGGAUCUCAGAAGUCAUGAGAGGGUUUCUAUCCCAUUCUCCACAUUCAUGCACUCCUGCAAAUCUUACCUGGGGCAUCUGAAUGCUGCUGGUGAUUCAUCCAAAGAUAAGGCGAUUGAGGAGGAGCCAACUUGUUCAGAGGAAAUGUGCUCAGCUAUCUCGGAGAAUUCUGAGCAACUCUAUUUAGCGCAGGUGUCAAUCCUCAACACUGAGAACAAAGAGAGAUGCUCGUUAGAAGUUUUAAAAGUGGACAUUCAGGAGCCUAUAUUUCUGAAAGGAAAACCAUUUUCAUCAAUAAACUUCUGGAUGAGUAGGGCUCACAUGAGAUCAAGUACCCAUUAUGAUCCUCACCAUAACCUUCUCUGCGUGGUUGCUGGAUGCAAGAAAGUAACUUUGUGGUCUCCCUCCGCAUCCCCAUUUUUGUAUCCAAUGCCUGUAUACGGGGAGGCCUCCAACCAUAGCUGUGUCAGUAUUGAGGAACCAGACUAUUCAAGCUACACAAGAGCAAAGUACAUGAAGGAGUAUUCUGAAAGGGUUGUCCUAAAUUGUGGCGAUGCUCUUUUCAUACCAGAAGGAUGGUAUCACCAAGUAGACAGUGAUGAUUUGACCAUAGCAAUUAAUUUUUGGUGGAAGUCAAGAAUAAUGACUGAAAUGUUAGAGCAUAUGGAUGCCUACUAUCUACGCCGAAUUUUAAGGAGAUUGGUGGAUACAGAGAUGGACAAAAUAGCGCAGAAAAAUUCCUUCAGUCAUGCGAAAGAAAACAACGGUUUUCAGCCUACAGACAAAGCAUUGAGAGCAGGCUCUGAGCAAUUCAAUUUGCACAACGAGGUUAAAAGUCAUGAUACGUCUGACAAGAAAGGCGCAACUGAUACAUCUGACAAGAAAGGUGCACCAUUGCAAUCUUUGGAACCCAGCACCCUACAAGCGCUUUAUGAACUCAUGUCACUGGUUCAUGACAGUGUUGAAGCGGUUGACCAAAAUAACAUAGCAGAAUCUGCAUCUCAGGAUACAUCUUCCAGCCAAAGCAUUGAAAGAAAGAAGAUUGCUGCAGAUGAUUCAUCUCUCUUGGAGAAAGACCCUGUUGCAAAAAUCAUUUUGCCAGUUGAACCACUCGAGUUGCGGAGUAUGCUACUAGCAAUGGUGCAUACUUUCCCGAGGACAUUAGAAGGUUUAGUCCUCAACAUACUUGGACCUACAGGAGCAGAGAUACUGACUAGGAAGUUUGAUGAGAUGGAUCAACAAACCACAACAGAAGAACAGGCUAAGUUCUACAAGACAUUCUACACUGCGUUUGAUGACCAAUAUGCUGCAAUGGACGCACUUCUUAAUAGGAAGGAACUGUUUUCUUUCCAGGUGUUCCAGAGUGUCCUUGACCAAUAUCUGAGGGUGCAUGUUGAUCGGCCUAGCUAACGUGUUACGGACGAAUGCAUGGAUUGGAGGAUAGAUCAUGGAUCCGGUGUGCAGCCCUGGUGCCUAGAGUUGCGUUGUCAAAUCGAAGCUUGCUGUGGGUUCGGAAUUUACUUUUUGAAAGGGAUAUGAGGAUUCGUUCGAGCUGCUAACCGGACUAGUGCAACAUGAGAAUCAUCAGUAGUGUCACUAUCAACACUGUCAAUGCUUUGUCGAUUGAAUUAUUUUGAGGUUUAUCGUUCUGAUUUUUAAUGAUUUAGAUGUAUUAGUUGGUACAGUACUUCCAGUGACUUGGUCCACGAAGCAUUCAGAAAAAUGCCACUCUGAAGCUUGCUGGUCACUAGUCACACAUCCUGUUUCCGGCAGCUUGGUACGCCAUAGCCGCAUCACAUUCAUCAGAGAUAAAAGUGUAAACUGAGAGGCAUGCAAGCCUGCAAGACAUUCUCCUUUGUUGUGUAUAUAGCAGGUACAAUAGUGGGAGGGUAUGUCCCAUGUUCUCUUGUGUGCAGGUGAA